CACGCCUAGGCAUAACGGCUCCGGGGAUACUAAAUUGGAAACGGAGAUUCCCGAAACUAAAAUGAAACCAAUUUCUUCGCCGGAUUCCGCUUUACCGAAGUUGAUGAAAAACAAAAACGGCGAUGUUUCUUUUCAUCAAAUUCUCAACGGACAGUGCGAAAAGGAGAAGGUUCCAAAGCUCAGACAGAGAAGUUCCAAGCAGGUGGGGCAGUCCUUAGCAGACGCUCGCCGUAGAUUCGAGAACAGACAAAAAAAUUGCCAAGAGAAACCGGUCGAGCAGGGAGUCGUAGUGACGUCAUCGUCGUCUGAGACGGUCAUGGAUCGAGACCAGCUGAUCUCGAUGCAGGUCAAGGACGCGGAGGUCAAGCCACCGUGCGAGGGACCGUCGACCACCCCACGGGUCACGACGACGCAGGGGGACGACACGCAGACGAAGGUCAGAGCUGUAGAGCCAGGCUUCAAGACCCUGAGCGCCGAAGAGCUCCAGAAACGCAGCGUGACCACCUUUGAGAAGACGGUAUUUAUCCUGAAAUGGAUCAAAGAUGUCCAACGCUUGUGCCCCACAAUCCACCCAGAGAACUAUCUCGAUAGUCCAGACACAAACCCCCAAACACAACCUUGUAGCCAAAAUCUUUAGCUUCUUUUUAACCUACUGAUCAA